AAACGCCCAGCGCAUAUAAAACCUUUCGAUGUGUCAGUGUGGAGUAGGCGUGUUUACGAGACAGAGAGCGAGAGGAGGUGAAAAGAGAGAGAGAGAGAGAGCGAGCGGUAGAGAGAGAGAGAGAGUGUGUGGUAUAAGGAGCUGCCGGGAGACACCUGUCGAACUGGAAAGAGGAGCCGCAGAGGUGACGGUGGCUGGAACCGCAGCGCAGCACUAAUCAUCUAUCGCCGCCCUUCCUCUCCACGCGCUUGUGUGGGCUCCAGCCGCCAGAAGUAACGACACCGCCCCCCCUUUUUUUUCGGAUUUCCCUUUUCUGCCUUUUUUUUUUUCUGAGGCGGGCGGUCCGGAGCCAUGGCGGACUUUCCGGCCAAGGUGAGCACGGAGACGAGCUCCCCCCCGCCCCAGGGCGGCGGGGACCGCAUCCAGGCGAUGGCGUCCCGGUACGUCACCAUGGACAUGGACUUCCUCAGGACCAUCCCAGCCGGCCUGAUGCUGGUGGAAAUUGUGUUGGGGCUGCUGGUGUGGGCCCUGAUUGCAGCCAGUGGCUAUGCCAACGUCCCGGCCUACGGCUGGGUGAUGUUCGUCAGCGUGAUCUUCUGGCUUCUCACCCUCUUCCUCUUCUUCGUACUCUUCUUCGGGGUUCGGAACAAGUUGGGCUUUCUGCCCUGGCCUCUGAUGCUGCUGGUCUUCAAUGCAACAGCAACGAUCCUCUACCUCUCAGCUUUCCUUGCCAAUGCCGCAUCUGUGUACAACAGCCACCAGGGGGCAGCAGCGUUCUUUGCCAUUGUGGUGACGUUGGCCUACGGCGCCAGCACCUUCUUUGCCUUCUUAUCUUGGAGGGGAGACGGGAGCAACGCCGCCAGCAGCACUGUCCCAGCAUAGGCACAUCAGACACCCCCCCCCCCCACAAAUGGACCAGCCACACCCCUCCUUCACCUCACAGUCCCGUCCCAAUUACCUACCUGUACCCCCCGCCCACCCUCAUGGACUCGUACGUGAAACAACCCGGGCGAAGAACUCCAGACGGAAUGAAGACGAGACAGUAAAGCGAAGACCCUUUUCGUUUAAAUGGCACGCGUCACUCCGGAAGUGUCACCAUGACCACGGAGGCGGGUACCGCUUGGGGACUGGAGACGGCUGUAGCCUGUCUAUUCGGGGGGGAUUUGCUAAUUAGCACUCUUCCUCAGCCAGGUGGUAGAGCUAAUUAGUGAAAUCAACUGGCUGAGCUCAUGGGUGGAAGAAACACCUGGCAGGACUUUUACUUACUGACCCCUGGACUUUCCACCUCCACAACAGACACAGACACAGAGACACACACACACAAACUAGUCAUGCACUACACAGACACUCUCUAACACACUAGACACAUACACCAAACUAUGCAUACAUGACACAGACACCGCCUUAUGCUGACACACGCAUUUUUUAAGCCUGUUCAGAGCUGUGACAGAGUGUGAUUAUCUUCGCUGCGUACGUGAGAAAAGGCUGAUGUUUUUGUAUUACUCAUUUUCAAAGACCGUAAAGCAAACUGAGCAACAACACUGUUGCUGGCAUUGUCCUUUAAUGUCUGUAUUAUUUAUAAACGACAGUGUGACAAAGA